UCACGGUCCCUAGUAGACACGCGACCUAAGUAGUAGGAAGAUGGCGACUGUGGCUGAGCUACAACGUGACUUAGAAUUAGCGAGGGAAGGGCUGAAAUCUGUCGAUGAAAACAUCAAGAAACUUACUGGUAGAGAUCCUUCGGAGUUCAGGCCAGCGGCAGGAAGGCGAGUGUCACUGAAGAGAGACUUCACAGAGAGGAACAUUGGACUUGGACAAGGGCCGGCAGCUAAACGACGUGAUUCAACUGGUGCACCGGGAAGACUCUGGAGCCGAGUGGUGAGAACAAGGACUUCACAAGAGCUGACCCGCCCUUCCUCACGUCUGGAUAGUGAAGGCGAAGAAGAUGAGGAUGAUGCAGAUAAGCCUGCUAUCCAGUCCUCAGUUGUAGCCACACCCACACCAUCUCGCCUCAAGAGAGACGCCAUCACAAAAACAGAUGACAAAACAAAGUCAAGAAAUAAGAGAAUGUUUGGCAUGUUGCUUGGAACUCUACAAAGGUUCAAAGAUGACAGUGCUCAGAAAACAGAUAAGGAAAUAAGGAGAGAGGAAAUCAAUAAAAAGCUUGAAGAAGCUGAACAGAAAGAGAAAGAAGAACUGUCAUCUCAAAGAAAGGAGUUAUUCACAGAAAGAAGAACAAAACAAGCAGCACUUAGAUUGUUACAGAGAAAAGUUGAUAUGGCUGAAUUGCAAGAAGAAUGGGAUAAACAUGGUGAAAAAUUAAGUCACUUUAUCAUGACCAAAGCCAACCCUCCCAUCUUCUACCUUCCAGCCAAACACAAUGAUAAGACACAGAAACUCCUGGAGGAAUCUACAAGAACUGUGAAAAGAGCAAUGGCUAAAAGAAGAGCAGAAAUAGAAGAGGAACAAGAACUAGAGGAAGAGCGAAUGAAGAAUGCCAGGUUGUCUGUAUCUAAUGAGGGUGAGAUUGAGAGUAAGGGGGAGAGAGUUGAAAGCACAGACGGUGGUAGGGAUGUGGAAAUGAAAGAAGAGAGUCAGGAGGAAGUACCCGGGAGACAAAGAAAGAAAAGUGAGGGUAGAGAUCCUGAGAAUGGGGUUAAAGAGGAGAGGAAUAUUCAGGAAGAGAGACACGCUGUAGGGGUAGAAAACAUGGAGGAAGAUGUGGGAGAGAUAGACUAGUUGUAAGUCAGAUAAGAGAAUGACUUUUUGAAGCUGAGCCGAGCUAAAAAUACAAAAAUGGAGGUUAGUUUCCCUUGCAUACCAUCCCUUUAUGGUCAGAAUUAAUUAAAGUUAAUUCCAUUCUUUUGCACCACAUGUCAUAUUCCCAUCUGUUCUCUUUGGUUUUAUUUUUUUAUUGUUACUAUUAAUGCACACUGGAACAUCUGUCUUACAAAUUCACUUCAUGCCUUUUCCUGGCUUGUCUACUAAACUUCGACUGACAUUUCGUUAAAAAUUUUCCCUUAAGUGACUAAAACUAAUUAAAAUUGAUUUUCUAGUUCAAAGACUACUUGGAGUUAAAUUGAAAAAAAAAGAACCAGGAGAAAAAGUAAUUACACCCACAACACAAAUAAUGACUAAGGAAUAUUGUGACACAAAAUUCUCUGGAUCACAGAACAAGCCACACAGUGGCCAUAUAACUUGUCUCUAGAUGCGGAAGAUAGCAUGCUUUGGGCUUCUUGGUUACAGAAUUAGAAAGACUAGGUUCUUAGCUGUCACAGGAAAUUUUUGGGUAUAAAUUGAACUGAGGGGAUAAAUGGAUAGGAAGGCUGGCUUCUACAACUUAGCUCUCUAGGAGAUUUCUGCAGCAGAUUUGGUGAAAUGUAAGGUGAUCAAUUAUUCAUGGUUGACUUAUAUCUUGUGGAAUUUUACCCUUUGUUGUCCCUGUUUGCUCAGCUUAUAGGAAGGCAGUAUGCAAGCUUUGGAAUGAAUGUUGUAAGUGAUUUCAAGUGGAUUUUGUAGAGAUUUUUAAAGAGGCAGACAUAGAGAGAAAGAGAGACUUAGAUUUGUGUAAGCAUUUGUGGAAGCCUUUCAAAUAUUUCAUUUUUGACUGUUCUAUUUCUUUCAAUUUUGAGUUCUAGCUUUUAGUGACAUGCAUUGUAAGUCACCUUAAGUUUACAGUUGUGAGUGUGUUUGUUUAAGAGGUGCAACCAUCAUCAAUGUGACGCACUUCAUUGAAGAGGACUUCCAUCUUCGACCUUUUUGUGUUUGUUUUGUAAUCUGGCUUAUCAAUAAAAUCCUGUGUAAUAAUCCUUACCUUUUUUAUGUUGAAAGACAAUGUUGGAUAUUAGUAUUAAAGGUUUGCAAAGUCAUUUGCUUAAUUCUUUUGAAUGAAACUGUAAUAAACUAUUAAUAUUUAA